AUGUCUGCUUUAGCAGGAAGUCUGAUUUCAACCACUCCGCCACCCAUUGAGAAUUGGGGUACACUCAAAUGGACCACCAAAGAACAAGAAGUGAAAAAGACUGAAAGUGGUACCGGAAUGGAUAAAGUAAAACAGGAAGGAGAUACUGAUAAUAAGAAUGGUGUACUUGCAAACGCAAAUUCUGAUGUAUUACUUCAAUUGGUAUCUACUCCAAAACCCAAUCAACACAACUCUGGUGCCUCCACAAGUGGAAUGGGUGGUGGAGUUAUUGUACAGAUUCCCGUUUCUACUAUUGCGAGUGCGUCCGGUACAACAAAGAAUGAUCUUUCACUUGCACUGCGUCCACAAGCGUCCGUCACAACAAUGCCAAACGGGAGCUCAAGUGUACCAUUGGAACUCACAUCUAUUCGUUUCGCAAUUCCUAAUGUGUGUGUUGGCCAUGAACAGACAGAAGAGGCGGGUCGUGAGAUUCUCGCCGAGACACAUCAACACAUGAAAGAGCAACAAUCUCGUCUACUUGGCAACAGUGCGGUUGCAGGUGCGGCGUCAGAAGAUCAACUUCUUUUAAUGAUGGCUGGUGGUGGACGAAAGGAUGAACGUGUGAUUGGAGUAUUGGAUGAUCUCACCUUCUCAUAUCCAUCUGGACGGUAUAAACUCAUUGUAUCUAACUAUGCUCUUGUGUUAGAAGAUAAAAAACGGUCGGCAACAGCAGGAGGAACUGGUGGUGGUGCUGUGGCAUCCAUACCUCUUACAGAUGUGUUGCAAUUAUACUUAUGUGAUAUCCCUGAUAGUGGUAAUGGUGAAAAUGACGAAGACCUUGCGCAGUAUGUUGUUUUAAUUUUAAGAAAUCCUCUUAAGAUACGCACAACUACGUAUAAUCAUAUUGUUAUUUCUUGCCCUUCAGGAUUUUCACUUGAUGAAGAUCAUCCAUGGCGUUGCCAACUGGAGACACAAGAAGAAAUUAAUCAGGUCCUUACGAAUAUGGCACACAAUCAGAAUACUUUAACAAAAGAAGUAAAGAAAGAGGGUGAAGAGAAGGUAUUAAAAAACACAUUUACACCUACAAUGUCUGGUCGCGUAAGCGAAAUUCUUAUUCGUAUUCUAAAGGCAGUUACAGGUGCAACAGCUCUUGGUGGCCAUAAUAAAGAAUAUCAAACAAGUCGUGGCUACUCCGUACUGCGUUGUCUCCAUCACGGCGCAGAUGGUUUACUUUUUGUCUUAAACUCUGCUUUACUUUUUCUACACCGCCCCGUUACACGGGUAUUAUACAGCGAAAUUAAACGUAUUGAAGUGGAUGAGUCAGAAAAGGGAAAUUCAACGUUUCAGAUAGCAGUAUACGGUUCUUUUGGUCGACGCAGCAAUACUUCAGGGAACUCAUCUACAGAAGAUAAACUUCUCUUCUCUGCUCUUGACAAGCGGGAGAAAACGGCGCUGCUUGCAUACCUUGAAAAGAAGGUAACCGUUAGACGUGUUGGCGUCGUUGGUGAAGAUGAUGAUGAUGACGAUGAAGAAGAUGAAGAGGACGACGCAAGAGAUGAUGAAGAAGAAGAAGAGGAAGAUGAAGAGGAAUUUGAUGAAGAAGAUGAUGACGAUGAUGAUGAUGAUGAGAGUGAUGAAAGUGGGGACGAUAAAGAUCGAAAAAGCCGUAAACGUGCACGCAGUAAGAAGCAUGAAAAGAAGAAAGACAAAAAAGAAAAGAAGGAAAAGGGAAAUCACAAGAAAUCUAAGAAGGAAAAGGAUGUGGGAGAAGAGGACUAA